ACUACAAGCACUGGGAGGGGAAACUGUUGGUAGACUAACGUAGGCACCUCGAUUUUACAGUCGCUGAUCACAAUCUGCGCCGUCAGUCUGACAGGAGCGCGCACUGCCUGCGCAGACGUGAUACAGAUUCUGUGCCCUCAUGGUAUAUACCAUAAAUGUCAGACGCAGGACAUGAACACUGUGUCCAAGUAAGUGCCUGUGUUAAAACCGUGGGAUGUCAGUGAACGUGUACAAACCAUCUGGCAAAACCUGCUACAAUUUUAACAGAAUGGCCAACCAACAAACAUGGCUGCUGAUCGCUGCAUUGUGUGCGCUCAAAAUGUUUGGACAUAAAAGUUGCGCAGAAGCCGUCGUUCUUCCCCGUCCACCCUCGUCUGAGCUGCAGGCAUACUCGCGACAUAAUCGGGAUCCAGAACCUCCAACUUUGUCUCCUGAACACAACGGCCUCAGUUUCAUGAUUGUCACAUCCAGUGAGCUACCCAAACAGAUUCCUCCACCGACGCAGCCUCUCGCUCACAGCUCCACACCCCAGUACCACGAAGUCGAACAAGUGCCUGGGCUACCACAGUUCAAAUUACUCUGGGUCACCCGGCAAAUGGAUACGGACGGUCUCGAUUUGAGACAGGCAUAUUUAAAUACGCCGUCUGCAGUGGCGACACAUAAGAACGCUGCCCAUAGGACAGACCUCUUACCAAACAUGAUAUAAGAAAAAACUGACGGUGACUUAAGUUUCAUGAUGUGUGUGUAUAUAUCUAUAUAUGUGUGUGUGUGUGUGUGUGUGUGUGGGGCAUUAAUAAGAAACAAAAGACAGAAGAAACUGCUUAUUUUUCCCUGAUCUCACCUGCUACACAUCUCAGCCUAACACCAAAUUGUUCGAGUCGUUUGUGAACACUCUGGUUCAAAUUCAGGAGAUCUUGUGUUCAAAUCUCAGCCCAGAUACUGUCCAUCCUGACUGAAAUUUUUGUGUAUUUGCUCAGUCUCUCCAGGAAAAUUCCAAGACACUAUCUUAUAAUGGGUCACAACCACAUAAUUCCAAAUCUUUUCAAAUUUAUUUUCACUAAUCAUAUUAUCAUUCAACACUACGAUAAUAUAAUAAUCUGAGAUACUGGCAGCUAUUAAAUAAACCAUAAAUAGAAAUGAACUACAUAUAUUUAUAUUACCGUCUACUAAAUGUAAACAAGACCAAAAACUGUGUAUGAUGCCCUUCUAGGGGAUUUGCUCAUACACCGUGUGUCUUUUGUGAAGAACACCUUCGAAGGAUUAUAGUUCACUUUGCUCCUCAUAAUAAUGACAGAUUUCGACAGCUAUGGAAACCACGAGACUCAAUAAUAAGAUCAAAGAACAGUGACAUUAAAUGAAUGUUUGCCUGAUCAA